AUGGCGUCCACAGUAUCUCCAUAUGGUAGUUUAAAUGCUAUGCCUCCUACUCUAAUAGUCUCCAGAAAUUCUUCUCCUACCUUUACUUGUGAAGCCAGUGGUGGCCCUAAUACAACUCUGGCAUGGAUAAGAGGAAAUGAAGAUAAUAUCGAAUCCACUCAAACACCAAUUGAAAUAAACAGUUUCAUUGCCAAUUUACUGGAUGUCAUAGUAUAUGACACUGCCCCUUCAUUAGAGUUAUCACUUGAAAAUGUUAAUGGAACUGAUGGUGGAAAUUAUACCUGUAUAGCUGUCAAUGAGGCUGGAACUGAUAAUGGAUAUGUUAGUUUAUUAAUAAUACCACAGAUACUCACUAAUCCAAUGGAACAAUAUGCAGAAGUUGGAGAUGAUGUUACAUUAACUUGUCGUGCUGAUUCCUUCCCAGCCCCUAACUAUCAGUGGGAGAUGAUGAAUAGAACCAGUGGGUACUUUGAGCUGUUAGAUGAUGAAGCUAGUUACAUAUUAACACUGGAGUCUAUCAGUUAUGAGGAGUAUGGUAUGUACAGGUGUGUAGCUACUGCUGAUGGUAUAGAAGAGAAUGCUACAUCUACUCCAGCACUUGUUACUGUAUCACCCCUGGACAGUGUAGUAGCUGAUUCAAUGACUCGUACAGUAUCCAUUAAUGAUGCUACUAACUUCACAUGUAGAGCUCAAGGUGGACCUGGGAUUAUGUUCCGUUGGGUCAAAGGAAACUUUACUGGUCCUACUUUGACUGCUCCACUUGAUGUUGAUGACUUCUUGGAUGAUUUAGAUAAUAUUUCAUCAAGUUACUUUCUCUCACUUACUGUGGGUGGAGGAGCAGCAGAUGGUGGCUAUUAUACUUGUAUAGUAGUCAAUGAAGCUGGUUAUGAUACUGAUAAUGUUAGUUUGCUAGUGAGGCCGCAGAUACUCACCAAUCCAGUGGCACAAUAUGCAGAAGUUGGAAAUAAUGUUACAUUAACUUGUUCUGCUGAUUCCUUCCCAGCCCCUAACUAUCAGUGGGAGAUGAUGAAUAGAAUCAGUGGGUACUUUGAGCCUUUGACUGGUCAAACUAGUUACGCAUUAACACUGGAGUCU